AUGACUAUACAUCCACAUUUUGCUGUACUGCAGAAGCUCCGCCAUCUCGAGUUUAAAAGCAGCGGCAACUUCCAUUGGAUACUUGCCAAGUCACCGGCACUCGACAGUAUCGAGUUCAAGGUGGCCAGUUCCAUAUUGCCGGACGACACAGCGGAGGUGAAUCCUAUUAUUACGCAGAUGACUCCUCCCUUACGCUCUGACAUCUGCAUACCGGAGAACAAUGUGUAUGACUAUUUUGUUCCGUCCUUGGCACACUCCCCGCCUGCGUACCCUGUUGAUGUGGAUGAAGUCAAGGCCCUAUCGCCUACACUCACCACUCUCGUCAUCAGCGUUCCUGAUAGGGGAGAUGUAGGCUCUGAUUACCUCGACUACCCUCUCUCCAGCGACGGCUCUACAUCCUUCAAGGGCCUUAAACGCCUCGCUAUCCCUUAUCAAGCUCUUUUCUACAAGGUGGAUCCACAAUGGUUGCAUGUUCAGAUUCGAAUGGAUGAGCUCCUCCCUUCUGCCCUCGAAACCCUGGAAGUAUAUACACCAGAGGUCGCGCUUCUGGACUGGCUGGAUACGCUACCUUACUACCGGGAACACCUACCCGCUCUCAACAGGGUCGACUUCUUUACCUCUCAGUGGUUCGGCGAUGGUUACGAGGCCUUUGUGUUCAAGACCUAUCCCCAUCCUGCUUUCGGCAUCCUCUCGAAAGCACAGGUUACGUUUGAUAUCUCUGCGUUGAGAUGGAGCGAGUCUUUGGGCCGCCAUAUCGUGGAACUGUAUUCCAUCCUAAGCCUAGAGACGACUGAGCUCAAGAAGUACACUGGUAACACGGUCCAAGAUACGGUUGUCAAUGACACUUGA